AAGUCGAAGAAAUGGCCAAUAGUAUUAUUAUUACUCUCAAUUGUCUUCUUUUACCUUGCGACACAGCUCUAAGAUCAAAUCUAUCAGAAGGAAGUAUUACUACACUUAAAAUCUCUACCGGCGAAACAGUUGAUCAGUUAAGGAUUAUGAUUAGAGAAAGGUGGCCACAUUUAUUUGAAAAGGUUCCUCCUGCCAGCAUUUUACUCUGGAAGAUCAAUGAUACCGAGGGAGUUACAUCAUUUGAAAAACAAAUUGAAGUAUAUUCUCGUGGGAAACGUCUAAAUGAAACAGGAAUGCCUCCACAUGAUUUGAUUUCUAAGCAUUUCUCCGAACAACCCCCUAAUGAUAAAAUUCAUAUUUAUAUAUUUAUUUAA